AUGCAGCUCAAAAACCAGUCACUGAUCCAGCCAGACUCGGCAUUCAUCAACGGAAAAUGGUAUCGCCCCGAGAGUGACCAAUACUUUGAUGUUAUCAACCCCGCAACCUCACAGCCCGUGGCCAAGGUCCCCGACCUCGACGAGAAACAAUGUACAGAGGCGGUUGACGCUGCCGUCAAAGCAGCAGUACAAUUGAAAAACAUGACCGGGAAACAAAGGGCAGAAAUACUACGGCGCUGGUUCAACCUGCUGCAUGAAUCCAGAGAUGACCUUGCGACAAUCAUCACGGCAGAAAACGGAAAGCCCUUGGCAGAAGCACGGGGCGAGGUUGUUUAUGCAUCUGAUUUCGUAGACUGGUUUGCUGGCGAGGCCACCCGGAUAGACGGGACGGUACAUCAAGCGAGUGCUUCCGCCAAUCGCAUCAUCACGAUCAAGCAACCCGUCGGGGUUGUUGGAAUCAUCACACCAUGGAACUUCCCAGCCGCAAUGAUUACGCGCAAAGUCGGUGCGGCCAUUGCAGCUGGCUGUCCGUGUGUGGUCAAGCCCGCGGCCGAGACGCCUCUGACUGCACUGGCUCUUGCUCAUCUCGCAUACCAAGCAGGCCUUCCAGCAGGUGCACUAAGCAUCGUCACUACGCUCGUGCACACGGCCAGCGUAGGCAAGGUUCUCACGCAGCAUCCAUCAAUCCGCAAAUUCUCCUUCACGGGGUCGACCGCAGUCGGGAAGUUGCUGGCGGCACAAUGUACGACGACGAUGAAGAAAGUCAAUCUCGAACUCGGUGGCAAUGCUCCUUUUAUUGUAUUCGACGAUGCCGACGUUUCCAAGGCAGUCGAUGGCAUUGUUGCCAGUAAGUUUCGUUUGUCCGGACAGACGUGUGUCUGUGUCAAUCGGCUCUAUGUUCAGUCCGGUGUUCAUGAUCGAAUUGUCGAAGCGUUGAUUGCUCGAGUCAAUCAAUUCCGUCUGGGGCCAGGGGAUGAUCCCAAAACGACGCUUGGCCCGCUAAUUUCGAAAAAAGCGGCAGAAAAAGUUGCUGCUCAUACAGAAGAUGCUGUUAAGCGUGGCGGCCAUGUUUUGACUGGUGGUGAAGUCGCCAGCGAUCUCGGAGAAGCCUUCUUCCAGCCAACCAUUGUAACAAAUGUUGCGCCAGAUGCCUUGUGUGCCAGAAGCGAGACAUUCGGGCCUUUCCUUCCCAUUCUCCGCUUUGGAACAGAAGACGAAGUAGUCCAGAUGGCGAAUUCAACCGAGGUCGGACUGGCGGGGUAUUUUUUCACAGAAAAUAUAUCUCGAGCCUGGCGAGUGGCAGAGGCGCUUGAGGUGGGGAUGGUCGGGGUGAAUACUGGUCUGAUCAGUGACGUUGCUUCGCCCUUUGGUGGCGUAAAGGAAAGCGGCCAGGGCCGAGAGGGAUCGAGAAUAGGUAUCGAUGAGUACUUGGAGGUAAAAAGCAUGACCUUUGCAGUGAAUAAUUAG